ACUGGCAGCUGGUGAAUUCAAGUCGCUGUGGUGAGUUUUGUCUUUGUUGAGAAAAAAAAUGUCGACGCGAAAAGUAUUUAAUCAUUAGUCAGAAAAGCCCGUCUAUGCGAAUUCUGCAAAUUGGGAAAUCAAUUCAGCCUGAAGAUAUAACACGACGUAAAACUGGAUAAAGUGGCAAAAGCAAGGCGCAAGUUAUGUAAAUGAAAACGAGUGCAAUAUAUGCAGCACACAAAUUUGCCAGACUCUGCGACACGGUGGCGUUCCUGUCGACCACAAAGUGAAACUGAAGCGGGGAAAGUCGCACACGCAUAGACACACACAUACAUAUAGACGCAACAUUGGCAAGAAGAAGAUCAAUAACAAUAACGAGCAGCAGGAGUGAAGCCUCAGCACAAGAUGGACAAUUGCGACCAAGACGGUAGCUUUCGGCUGGGUCCGAUCAAGGAGGAGGUCAAGCCUGACAUAUCCCAGCUAAAUGACAGCAACAACAGCAGCUUCUCGCCCAAGGCCGAGAGCCCGGGCCCCUUCAUGCAGGCCAUGAACAUGGUCAAUGUCAACAACAACAAUAAUCCCAAUCAGCAGCAGCAACAACAGCAGCAGCAACAGCAGCAGCAGCAAUAUCCGCCAAAUCAUCCGCUCAGUGGGUCAAAGCACCUGUGCUCCAUAUGCGGAGAUCGAGCCAGCGGCAAACACUAUGGUGUUUACAGCUGUGAGGGCUGCAAGGGCUUCUUCAAGCGCACGGUGCGCAAGGAUCUCACAUACGCUUGCCGGGAGAAUCGAAACUGCAUCAUCGAUAAACGGCAGCGGAAUCGCUGCCAAUAUUGCCGUUAUCAGAAGUGCCUCACGUGCGGCAUGAAGCGCGAGGCCGUGCAGGAGGAGCGACAACGCGGUGCUCGCGCCUCCACCGGACGAUUGAGCGGCGGCGGCGGUGGCGGUGCUGCCGGUGGAGCUGGCGGUGGCUCUGGCCCUGGCAUUAGCGUAGGCGGCGGUGGUGUUGGCAGUGGCGCCAAUAGCGCCUCCGAUGAAUUUAUGCCCAACAGCGUAUCCCGCGACUUCACCAUCGAACGUCUCCUGGACGCCGAGCAGCGGGCGGAGGCGCUCAGCGGUGAUCACGCAUUGGCAUUCCUGCGCGUCGGACCCAACUCGGAGGUGCAGCCGGACUAUAAAGGCGCCGUCUCAGCGCUCUGCCAGGUGGUCAACAAACAGCUCUACCAGAUGGUGGAGUAUGCCCGGCUAAUGCCCCACUUUGCCCAGCUGCCGCUCGACGAUCAGGUGAUCCUGCUGAAGGCGGCGUGGAACGAGCUGCUCAUUGCGAACGUGGCCUGGUGCAGCAUCGAGUCGCUGGACGAAGCGAUCGCCGGGGUGGGCCAUGACAGCGCCUUCGAUCGGCGGUCACCGGUGCUGCAGCCGCAGCAGCUGUUCCUCAGCCAGAGCUUCUCGUACCAUCGCAACAGUGCGAUCAAAGCGGGCGUCCAUGCGAUCUUUGAUCGCAUACUGUCCGAGCUGAGCGUCAAGAUGAAGCGCCUCAAUUUGGAUAGACGCGAGCUGUCCUGCCUGAAGGCCAUCAUCCUGUAUAAUCCGGACAUCAGGGGCAUCAAGAAUCGUGAGGAUAUCGAGCACUGUCGCGAGAAGGUCUACGCCUGCCUCGACGAGCACUGCCGGCUGGAGCAUCCGGGCGAUGAUGGGCGUUUCGCCCAGCUGCUGUUGCGAUUGCCUGCGCUGCGUUCGAUCAGUUUGAAGUGUUUGGAUCAUCUAUUCUUCUUUCGCAUCAUCAGCGAUCGGCCGCUGGAUGAGCUGUUCAUCGAGCAGCUGGAGUCGCAGCCGCCGCCGGGCCUGAUCCUGAGGCCGGAGUGAAUUCGAUACGGCUUGUUAUCGAUCGAUAAUGUAUCGCAGCAUGUUGUCGAUCGAUUGUUUCAUUGUGAUUGAGUUUGUUUGCAUUUC